AUGGAACAGACCCUGAGUCUCUCCUGGCUGCUCCUGGUGGUGGCCCUGAGGGCUGGGGGACUGCCAGCCUAUGGAAAGAAAGGCAUCAAGUGUGGCGGGGUGCUCUCUGGGCCUUCAGGCAACUUCUCCAGCCCCAAUUUCCCGGGGCUCUACCCCUAUGACACGGAGUGCAGCUGGCUCAUCGUGGUGGCCGAGGGCAGCUCCAUCCUGCUCACCUUCCACGCCUUUGACCUGGAGUACCACGACACCUGCAGCUACGACUAUCUGAAAAUCUACAACGGGGCCUCCGGCGAUGAGGGCAACCUGCUGGGGCAGUUCUGUGGCCAGAACCGCCCACCCCCCUUCACCUCCUCCUGGCACAUCAUGUCCGUCAUCUUCCACUCGGACAAGCACGUGGCCAGCUGGGGCUUCUCAGCAGGCUACUGGAAAGACACCUGUGGCGGGGUCCUCACUGGCCUCUCUGGAGUGAUCACCAGCCCAGAGUACCCCAGCAGCUACCCCAACAACGCAGAAUGCCACUGGGUCAUCCGAGCAUCUGGAUCUUCCACCAUCAAGCUGGUGUUUGCCGACUUCCAGGUGGAGAGCAACCGAGCCUGUAACUAUGAUUAUGUGGCCAUUAUCGAGGGGGCAGGCCCCGGUCGGGGCAGCCACUACUGUGGCAGCACUAAGCCGCCCGACCUGGUGUCCCGGGGCCGAGAGAUUCAGGUGGUGUUCAAGUCUGACUUCAACAUCGCCGGCCGAGGCUUCAAGGCCUACUACUUCUCAGGGGAGUGCCAGGAGGUUUACAUGGCCAUAAAAGGCAACUUCUCCAGUCCUCAGUAUCCCAACUCCUACCCCAACAACAUCCGGUGCCAUUGGACUAUUCAGAUGCCUUCGGGCUACCGGAUCAAGGUAUUUUUCCUGGAUCUGGACCUGGAAGGGAGAAACGUACUAACCAGCAGCUGUGACUUUGACCACCUGGCUGCCUUUGAUGGAGCCAGUGAGGCCGCCUCCCUGCUGGGGACGUGGUGCGGGCGGGAGAUGCCAGCGCCCAUCGUGUCCAGCCACAACCAGCUUCUGCUUGUCCUGCACACAGACCGCAACACGGCCAAACGUGGCUUCUCUGUGGCCUAUAUUGGAGUGGUCCCCAUGAACGUCAGCUGCACCCGCACCGACUUCCAGAUCCAGAUCUCGGUUCAGUCACUGGUGCAGCUGGAUCGGAGCCAGAUCUACCUGGGAAGCCGGAGCUGCCCAGCCCAGGUGAUUGGUGACCACUUCAGAAUCCAGGCCCGGUUUGAUACUUGCGGCACCGAAUCCCAGAAGAGGAACAACACGGCCGUGAUCGUCAGCAUCCUGUUCAUCGACUUCUCGGGUGUGGUUGGACAGGAAGACAUCCAUGAGUACGAGCUACGCUGUGAACCCCGGAAGAAGGAGGCCUCGGUGCACUUGCUGUCCGGCUCUGGCUGGCGCGGUCCCUACGGCAGCGCCGAGCACCUGCUGGAAGCCCCACCUCAGGCAGAGGCUGAGUCACAAGGGCAGCUGGGGAUCGGCGUGACCCAGGACACCAGUGACAUCGUCUUCCUGGCCAUCUGUGUCCUGGCUGGAAUCCUCAUGGUCAUUGCCAUUGUAGGGCUGUGGUUGCUAUGA